AUGUAGAAUAAUAGAAUUGAGGAGGGAAUGAUAAAAAUUAGAUCUAAAGAAUAUAAAUUUUUUGUUUAUGAUUUUUCGUAAAAGUAAUAAUAAAUUGUUAAACCCUAGUUAUAUUAAAAGGAAACAAUAACAAUCACAAUCAAAGAUAACUGUUAAAGGAAUAAAAAUUAGUUGUGUUAGCGAACCUUAUUUUUGAUUUUUCGACAUAAUCUUAAUAAGGUAAAAAUGAUUUUAAAUUUAUAGCUGAAUGAAUAUAAAUUUUAGAGGUUAAUGAAUUUUGAAUAUAUAGACAUAAAAUGAUAAAAUGAUUGAUAUUGACAUUCGAAA